UUUCAGAGCAGUACAAUGGUAAUGUUGUGGUUGACAGCUUCCUGUGGAGUGCAAACAAUGGAUGGAUUAUGCCAUACCAGUAACAUAAGUGGACAGAGAUGGAUUAUGCCAUGACAGUAAUGUGAGUGGACAAAGAUGCAGCUUUCGUGUGUAAUGAAGACUUCUAAACAUGAAGUGAGGUAACUAAAUGUAGAAAAUGAGCUUCCAUUAACAUGGGAGACUUGCUGCCUGCCAUCAAUGUUGACCAGCUGACUAUGUCAGUCAACAGUGCUGUUAGUGGUGGUGUGCUGCCACCUUUCCCUCUUCUUCCACCUCCUCCCACUUCAGUCUUACCCCCAGCAUCUUUUGCUGAGGUCUCCCCUGCUUUGCCAUGUGUGCCAGUAGCUCGCUUGCCCCCUCUUCCCGUGUUCUCCACGCCUUCUGCAUUCCAGAUCUCACCACCAGAAUCAACUUGCUCUAGUCCUGUCUACUCAAGUACCUGCGCCAGCCAUUUGACAGGUACAGCAACAUGCAAUUCCAUGUCUAUCCCCUUGCCUGCAACUUCCUGUGUUCAGUCAGAACAUGGGCAACAGCAGUGUGUGUGCACCUCAAGCAACAGCAUCACCAACAAUAACCAGGAAGACAGCAAAUGCAACCGUACCAAUGACAGGCCUCCUUCAGUGCCAUCAUUACCCAUGACUCUACCUGUCUCUAUGCCUGGGUGCCCACCAAUGCUUAUCAUGUUCUCACUCCGCUUGCCAAUGCCGGACAUCACUUCAGGUAUGGAAAGAGGUGUCAGUAGAGAAAUGACAUCACCUUCUCCUUCAGUUGGCUCAACCCCUCGGCUGCCACCAUUCCCCCCUCCUUUUCCCUUGCUUUUUCCCAUCAUGCCUUCUCAGGAUGGUCGCCAUUCCAGGCCUCUCCUACCCUACCCUGACCUUCCUCCCCCUAUCCAAGCCUCCACUUCUCCACAAACAAGCAGCUUACCUUUGCCACCUGUUUCGUUUCCACAAGGUGGACUUCCCCUGCCACCACUACCUUUACAGCUUCCCUCAUCACUGACCCUUCCUCCAUUGCUGCAUCAGCCUCCAGUUCCUAUUUCCGAUGGCACCUUAGCGUCUUUGCCCUCUCUUCUACCUCAGCCAGUGACCUCAACUCCCCACACAGAUCUCACUUUGCCCCCUCUAGUACCACUUCCAUCAGUGACCCAUCCCCAGACUAACUUAACUUUACCGCCUCUUCUUCCAACACCAUCCACAUCUGAAUCCCACAACAGUCUCCCUUUGCCUCCAUUUCCACCUCAGUCCUUUACUUCCUUUGUCCAGAGUGGCCUACCAUUGACUACUUUGUCGCCUAGUAGUCUUCCUUUGCCACCCUUGCUACCUCAUCACCCACCAGCAUCAAUUCCUGAAGGCAGCAUCGGCUUGCAUCCUCUGCCUCAGCUGACGCCAUCUACAACAGAGAAUUGCUUGUCAAAAAUGACAGCACUCUCACCCAGUAAUAUUCCUUUGGUGUCCUUGACCCAAGGAUCAUUCCCACCGCUGCCUCCACUUCCAGCCCAGGAUGAAACUGCAACCUCUCUACCUCUUCCACCCCAAAUAUCCAUUCCUUUACCUCCACCCUUAACAUCACCAGCUGUUGGUGGCCCACAGAGCAGUGUUAUGUUCAGCCUGGCAGGGCAGAAUGGAUUUCCUCCACCUCACCCUCUGCCAGGACAGCUUUUUCACCCACUGCCUUUUAUUCAUGGUUCUCCUGGACCUCACUUUGUUGGCCAAAUGUCAAGACGCAUGGCGGAAGACUGUAGCAGACAGGAAGACUGUAGCCAGAUGGGUGAAGAGGGAAAAAGUGAGCCUCAUACGACUGGUGCCUUGAGACCUUCACCGUCUUAUGGUCAGCAGUUUGAAGAAGCAGUAUCAACUUUGGCCGAUGUUGAGGCAAAUACUGCAGAUUCUUUUGACAGCUGCGAGUCACGAAUGUCUGAUUCCUGCAAAGAACAAAAUAGUCAAAACGCUGGAUCUUUUGAUGCUGAAGAUAAAAGCAAGUCAACCUCUUUUGAAAGAGAGAUCAAAAUAGAUGACCUUCAUUCACCUAGCACAGACCUGGACAUAAGUGACAAACAGGUUUCAGAGAAGCCUUCUGCAGUGUUGAGAGUACAACCUAAAGACUGCCACACCGGACUUGAAAAAUUCUCGGAAGGAGAAUCCAACCAUGGCUGCACUUUGCCAGAGACUGCAACCAUUCGAAGUCAGGAUUUGGUGGAAGAAAACCUGAGGACUGUCUGUGAUCCCACAUUCAUGGAUCUGGCUGGUCAAGAGUGUGUCCCAAGGGAGGGUCAUAAAUCCUCAAACCAAAAUUUUCCUCACUUCCCUGACAGUGGCAAUGACCCACAGCUGCUGCCUUCCCAUUUAACCUCAUCCAUUCCAUCUAAGGCAACAAGGAGUAGUGAGCAGAGUCAUCAUCCUAUGCUGGACCAACUGUCCGGUUUUGUGCAGACUUUUGGAGACCAUUCCAUUAGCAAACUUCGGCAAGAAGUGUGUCUUUCCAGUCAAUGCAUGGAGACACAACACUGUUCUCAGGCUGAAUUCUUGCCCGUAUCUCAGGAAGAAAAUUACUCUGCCCGGCUGGCCAGCACCUACCCACAAAUGGCACAAAACCAGGUUUUUGAUGCCAGUGGUGCAGGAAAUGGAACUGGAGGAGUGCAGCCUUCCAGGAGAGGUGAAGGGCACAAUAUGGCUAGUCAUUUCCUGGAACAGACUGAAAGGACGCAACAAACGACAUCACAUCCAACUAUAUCCCAGCUGCAGCAGUCCUUGUCCAACAGACAGCCUGCCCAUAGUUUUGAUUUGUCAUCACUGUCAUUAGAAGCUGAAAACCAAGGCCAUACUCUGCUUAACCAUUCACUGUCCUCUGUUCAACAGCUGAGGGAGAGCAAUCAGUCCUUGGCAGGAACUCUUACAGACCCACUGUCUUCAUCAUGUGAGGUGCAGAAUUGUUCUCUCCAAAAUUCCACCAUCCACAGCCACCUUCCUCAACCUUCAGCUAAUCUGCUGUCCACUCUGUCAGUCACUCACCAUGGCACAUCUCAUUUAGGAUCCUCUUUCACAGCCUUGACAGGGGAGGAUGUUGAUGAAGGUGACAUGGGUACAGCAGUUUCUGCCAGCAUACGUAUCAGCACUGCUGGCAUUAGCUCGUCGGAUUCUUCAUAUCCAUUCCAGAAUGGCUUACCAUCAGACUUUGGUUUUCCAGCUCCGUGCUCAUCAUCUCCACCACUGAUUCAACAGCAGCAGCAGACUCUCCUCCCAAGUGUUGGCUAUUCACCUCCUGGUCUCUCUAAUCAGGGGCUCUCACCAAAUCUUUUCAGCUCAAUGGGGAUGGGGGGUACGGAACAAAGUGCGGUAGACAAAGACAGUCAGAACCUUCAGCUUGUGAGAUCUUCAAGUUUGAAUACCAACCUUGGAUUACCGAAUAUGUCUGUUUUGGACAUGCUGCUUAAGACAGAUUUGACAGUAAGCAAGACUUCAGAUGCAGUGCCCAACAGCUCUGUGCAGAAGACAGCUUUGUUGGACAGUGAACUUCCAAGCCUGACACCAUUGUUUGCUGGCCAUUAUUGUGUGGAGUGCAACAAAAUGUACCAAGAUAUCUGUCAGCAUCAUGGGGCAAGGUAUUACUCGGUAUCAGAUGCACCCCUGCUGUCAAAAGCUAGGGCAACCUUGCCAUCCUGCCUCACUUUGGGAGAGUCCAGCAUUGUUGGUCAUUUGAAUAACACAGGAGUGUUUUCUAAAGGAAAGAUACAAGCAAAUACAGAAUUUGGUCCUCUGCAGGGAAAAAUUUUAACUACAUCAGAAACGCCAGACAUCAAAAGUUUUAGCAGACUAAAAAUAUUCUAUGAGGAAGCAACACAAGUUCUUGACAUCAGUGAUGAGAAUCUGUCGAAUUGGCUUAUGUUUCUUAAACCAGCACGCAAUUCUUUGGAACGUAACGUAGUUGCCUUUCAGCGUGGCACCAGCAUUGUGUAUGUCACAUGUAAGGAUAUCACUCCUGGUGCAGAACUUCUGUUUUGGUUCUCCAACGAGUAUGCCAGAAUGAUGGGUCUUGCAAGCAAGCGUGCCACGGCCUCAUCGCAGUAUUGCCCAUGUUGCCCAGUGUGCUCACAUGUGUUCAUUGAUCAGAAACAGUUACGCCAGCACCGUAUGAAGGAACAUCGAGAUCUGGAAGAAUCCAAGUGGCCAUGCACACUGUGCACAGCUCGAUUUCAAUCUUCUAGCAGACUAAACUCUCAUGUUCGUUCACAGCACAUGCAUCUCAAGCCUUUUUCAUGCCAAAUGUGUGGGAAAGCUUUUUCUGAUGGUAGCAACUUAAGAACCCACAUGGCCCUCCACAGAGGUGUGAAGAAAUUCACCUGUGAUGUGUGCAACCAGAGUUUCAUGCAAAAAGCUCACCUGCAAACUCACCAAGCCAUUCACACAGGUGCCAAGACAGCUCAAUGCCGAUACUGUGGAAAACGCUUCAGCCGUACUUCAGACAUGCGACAACAUGAAUUUCAGCAUUCCAAAGAGAAGACCUGGAAUUGCCAGCAAUGUAGCAAGACAUUCCAUAGACCCACACUGCUUCGGAGGCACAUGAAAGUUCACAAUAAUGAAAAGAACUAUGUGUGCGAAUUUUGCACCAAGAGAUUUUACACAAAGUUCCAUUUAACAAGGCAUUCUCGGAGCUGCAAGGGCUUAAAACCAACACAGCAGGUGUCAUCAUCCAUUACUUCAUCAGUGUCAGUGAUGAUGUCCUCCGUGUCAGCAGAAGUAGCUUCAGUUUCGUUUGUUGCUGCAUCAGACAUUUCUUUGCCCCUGUCCUCUGAGGAAAUGGGUGAGUUGCCUUCAUUGCCAAACACAUCAUCGAUGCUUUCCUUGUCAGCUUUAACAGUUGCUUCGCAGCAGGAAAUGUUUAAUCCUGUGAGCAGUGGCAACAGUUCAGUUGCUAUACCAGCUGCAGAAGAGCAAGGACAGACCCACUUGUAUGGGAAUGCAAUGACAACAGUAUCGACUGAUUAUUGCCAGUCCAGAGACAGUGCUGGACAGUGAUUUACAAGCAGUGCAGCCGCAAUCUGCCAAGACAGAGCAAUAUCACAAACAUCCAGCAUGUACACAGCUAGUCAUAGAAUAAUAUAAAGAUGUAUGACAGCUUAUAAUUAUAAUCAUCUAUUUAUCCAACACUGCCUCUGUUUGCCCCAAAGUGACCCCUAGUUAUGGAUCAUAUUCCUUCCUCCUAUGUUGCUACCAUUGCUUCUUGCCCAAAGUUUGUGUUGGAUUGAUGGUGGUGACCUCAGGUUUGGACUUUUUAUGGAUCAGUGAAGAGACAGACUAGUGGGGAUAUUUCCCAGUUAUGCAUUUACUUCAUGGAUGUUUUUAAAUUCUUCUUGUCCAUCAGUUUUCUAAAGUUUUAUGGGGUUUUUUGUGGGGAAGGUUAUUGCUUCUUGUUCCAGAGGAUAUGACUUUUUAGUGGGAAGGGAGGGGGAGUAACAGAAAAAAUUAGCUUUUCACGAUUGAUUUAAAAAAAUUUUUUUGUUGUUUCAGAAAAUGUAGUUAAUAUGUGAAAAUAGUGCCAUAUAAGAGAGUGGAGAAAAGUAGACCUUUUGUAUUACUUGAUACGUGUUGAUUUAGGAACAUGUCUUAAAUUAUUGAGAUGUAAAUAUUUUGAUUCUUUAAAGUCAAACAACUGUCGCUAGAAAAUGUCAUGCAUCUCAUGGCAUAUAUUUACCACUCGUUUGUACUCACUUAGUCAAUUUUGUAGAUUAUUGUACAUUAUUUAUUUGAAUAUUUCUUGUCAGUGACUUUAUUUGUAAAACUUGUGAUUCCCAAAAAGGCAGAUGGCUGCUAUGAGUUGAAAGCUGCUGCAUUUUCUAUCUGUUCAGACCAGCGGAUCUGGACAAGCACCAAAACUUUCAGUGUUAUGAGGAGGACAUAACUCCAUCCUGACAUCAUAUAAAAAGUAGACCUUAAUAGAUUCCUGGAAUGUAUUCAGCUUUUGAUUGCAGGAGUCCAUUCCUGGAACAGUUCAUUGCUAUAAAAGAAAGUAUUAAAAUUACUGUGAGCUGAUAAAGUAGGUUUGUAUGCAUUUCCACAAUCUGUGCCUGGGUGAAAAUAAGUUGUGACAUCUAUGAGUGACAAAGUAAGAAUCAGGUAAUAUUUUUUAAUUUUGGAAAAUGUGUGAAAGUCUGCAUAAAAGUUUGAAAAAUCAAAUAUCCUCCCUACUCUGUCCUAGGGAUGUGAAAUGCAUUAAAAUGUCAUUUUCCAUUUUAGGACCAUCUAUUAUUAAAAGAGUAUUCUCAGCAGACUAUUCUGUGACAAGUAAACUAAAGAUAUUUGUUAAAGCAAACAUUUAUUUAAAGAAUUUGUUUCUUGAUAAAACUAGCAAACUACCGUCCUCAGUCGUGCACUAUUAGUCUCAUUAAUUCUGAGGAAAAUAUUUUUGAAAUGUAAUAAUAAUAAAGAUUACUUACAGAUCACUGUUCCCUAAUGGCUCACAGUGCUUUACACAAAAAUGAUUUCUGUGAAAUCCACAGCAUCAAUACAGUAAGGUUUUAUAGCAUGGAAGUUAAUAUCCUCAAAUGUGGAACAGAAGGUUCUUGUUUCCAUGUUUGAAAACUUCCCCUGCCCACCAAGUGGAGAUGUGGGUACCUGAUUUUAUCAGAAAAGGUCAAGGAGGUGAAAGGUGAGGUAUGGGGUUGUAUUCACUCCCUUGCAACCACAAGGGUUUGUAUUCUUUCUUUUACUAACUCCACAGGCUCAUUGAUUUUAUUCCUCCUUUCCCUGGCACCCUUGCUUUCUUCUAAACUAUGUCCAAAUUCUUAAUCUCCAUCUCGGUUUCAGUACUAAGGCUCAAGUCAUGGGUAUUUACUGAAAAUGAAAGAAGUAGAGGCAAUCACAUUUUUCUGUUUAAGAGGGACAUUAGAAAUGAAUUAUCUUGGGGCCAGCCAUUUGUGAAGGGAGUGGUUCUCUCCUAUCCAUUGCCAACUUUUUUCACGGACCAGUGCAAUAUCAGCUGUCAUCAUUCGUCACAGUUGUGUAUGUGACUGUUAAGGAUUUUCAAGCAUCACCUAUCAUAAAUAAUUGAACAUGAUGAUUUGCUCCUCAAACAUGUUAAGUUUUUGUGGGGUGUUCAUUUGCUGAGUUUGUAGGUAAUCAACCGUGAGAGGGGAGGGAAGAAGGGUAAAGCAUGUAGGAUCCUUUUUUUUCUUGUUGGAAGCAGAUCAAACUGGUAGCUCUAAACAAUGAAAGAAGUGCAAAGGGUGAUAUGAGAGGAAGUUCUUUGUGCAUACAUGUGUUUUUUUUUAAUUUCAAAAUGCAAAUUGGGGAACUUUUUUAAUUGUGUUGUUGUUAAUUAACAGACAAGUUUGCAAUUUUUCAUUUGUCUGAGUAUGCAAAAUAAUUAUGCAUCAUUACAUGUGAAGAGAAACCGCAAUGAGAUUUACUACAUAAUUAUUAGUGGAGAAUGCCAUAGAAAUGGCUACAGAUAAGACACUUAAGGGAAGUCUAUCUUAUCCUUUAUUUGUUGCAUUGCAAAAGUUCUUAAAAAUACUUGAUUUUGAAAACAAGACAGAAGGGUGUGAAGAAAUAGAGUUUGCUUUUGGAAAGUGUAUAAUUCACCUUUUACUUAUGAUCAUGUGUGAUGAAAUGUGUGCCCGCCAGCCUGAAAUGCUGACAAGUGCUAGUCAGUUGUACAAUACUCAGUAUUUCAAUCAGAUGUAGAAUUGAUCAGGUCAGCACAUCAUUGCUUUAAUUAAAAAGAAAAAUGUUCAAGACACUUAAUUCAGUCUCCUCUGUUGAAAUUAAAUAGUGCUACAGGGCUUG